GGUAAAAAUUUGAGAAUAUUUAGUCAUGCUGUAAUGGCUUUUUUCACUUGUUCUGUGAAAAUAGUCAAAAUUAUUUUACCUACCAAAGUUUAUGUCACACGCACUAUAUAAUUUAACGCUGGGAAGAAAACGCUGGGAAGAAAGAAUUGUUAAAAUGAAGAUGAAUUAAGAGUACAAUGGCACUAGCAGACCGGAGCCUAAAAUGGAAAGAAGCUGACGAAAUCCCUUUAAUGGAUGAAUCCAAUGAAAAAAUUCUGUCAGACGAGGUAAAUUUUGCCAAUGGAAAUGACUCUGAUAUCGAAGCAGAGGGUGAGAAACCAUUUAAACAGCACGACAUAACUUUAUGGUUUUCCGAUGCCAUAGUUUUAAUUGUCGAACAUUUACAGUAUUACGCCGUGUUGUUGUCGUUAUCCGAGCACUGGGGAUGGCCGAUUAAUUGGGUGGAUAUCACAUCGUUUACUUUCCUUUUUAAUGCAGAUAUUUGGGAGUUUCGUAAGGUCAGCAUUGGAGCGUUCAAUCAUUCCAGAACAUCGUUUAUCAAGUCCUCGACAAUAGGAUUCAACUACGUUUCGUACCUAGCAUCAUGGGCUGUGUUUUUGAUUAUCCUCGCUGCGGUGUUCACAGGUGUGUACGUCCGAUGGAUGAAGAAACGUCCGUUGUACAUGUUGCUGUAUGUUGCCAGGUGGAAAAGAGUAAUGUUUUUGGUACUGCAAUUUCUCUGCAUGCCGUUUGGUGUGGCUGCGGCAAGAGUGUUUCAUUGCAGAAUAGAUGUAAGCAGUCAGAAGGAGGUGAUGGACGUGCAGAACGAAUUUGAAUGUUUCAAUAGUGCACACAUUGCAUUCAUGGUCUUGGUUAUCUUGAUCUUCGUCUUCUUUUUCUUUUUUUACCCGUUUGUUUUGAUGCGAUGGGUUAGAGAUCAGGUGUUUUCGAAUGAUCCAGUUCGACACGAAGGCUACUUGCAGUUGAAGGAAGCUGAGUACGAGCAGGGGUUGGAUAUUUUAUGGGAUCUUGGCCAGUACCAUUUGUUUUCAUCGUUUCGAAGAUUUUGGAUUUACUACAACCCUUUGAAGUUUUUGUUUAAAUUCAUUAUGAUUGCUGGUUUUGCCCUUUCAGUAAAAUCGGCAUUCUGGGCAUCAGCAGGAAUAACUGUCUUAUUCGUAAUAGCGUUCUUCGCUUUGAUUUUAAAACGACCCUUUCGUGUUCGCUGCUUUAAUUUGAUGGCCGUUUUUAGUCAUCUUAUUAUUGCCGCGAAUUGCCUAAUUGGUAAUUUUAUGGUACGCCCACCGUGGGAAAAAACAGAACAGUUUCAAAUUGUGUCGUUUCUGAGAUACCCCACUAUUUUGCAUAUUCUAGUGGCAAUAAACGGAAGCUGGUUGUUCGUUCUGGUAUUAUGGAUUGUAUAUUUGUUCCUUUUAAACAACGGAGUCCUAGGUAAAGAAAGGAUCUGGCCGCGUUUGUCGUACGAAUCCUCUAAUGCCAUAGGUGAAGACACCAAGAAAUACUUAAAAGCAGCUUUAAAAGCCAGACAUACACUUGAGAGGGCGCUAGCUUCCAUACCGCUGUUCGCGCCUGUUCACGAGCUGUCGCAUCAAGUGAAAGUAAUCAACGCGUACUGUCGCGAGGCUGAGUAUAUUGGAGAUCCUACUCAUGACACUUUGUGGGACCUUCUUGACGAACUUAUUGAAGCACAUAAUGCUCUCGCUUCCGUUUCUGUGUUUGGAAUGUCUGGAAAAAAUUCCAUCAGAGAAACUUCGGAAGAAUUCAUCAAGUUGAUGCCCAGCUUUAGAAAGCGUUUGAAACAACGGGAAUAUGACUAUAUCUUGGUCCCGCCUGUUAAAAGAAGACUGCUUCUCAAGAUGUACAUCCUCAGCGUCUUCGUUGGAAACAAGAGGAAACACGCCUCCCCCGAUCAAGAGAUCACUACGAAGCUUCAAGAAGCACUAGCAAUGUUCGAUGGACGUUCGCUGGAUGAUUACGACACUGGAUUCAGCUCGACGUCGCCCUCUACAAUCUCGGCAUCGACGGGCAGGCCAUUAUCUGAGAUGCGAAGCAGAGGAGAUACAAACGUGACCGGCUUUAUCAAUGAAUUGGACGCUUAUUUUCCAAAACAAGACACGUCUGAUUUCAACGAUUCGUUGUCUUCACGAAAGACAUCGGCUUCUUCCCGUGUGUCGUACAGCUAUAAACCAGCCACCGCUGUUGAUUUAAAACAGUCACGCCCGACUUCAAGAGAUAGAUCAGAGAAAAAGCUUAGCAUUCCCUCUGUUAGUUCCAGACCAUCAUCCAAAGACAGCAAGAGAGAGUUGACACCCAGCCCAGCAUUAUCGUCUAAACCGAGUACUCCAAAAGGAAAUAAAGUGUCACCUGCGGAUUCUCCAAGAAGUAAUAGAUCACCAAGAGGUAACAGAGUAUCACCCUUAGUGACAAGUGAAAAUAGCUAUCAAGAGAAGGAAGUUACCAGACCAGGCACAGCGCCGCUAACACCAAUCUCUUCAAGAACAUCACAUGUCUCACGGCCUGGUACUACUCCAACGACCAGUAGACGUACUGCCCCAACCACGACUAGACCAAAUGAAAUGUCGUCCACAAUAUCUUUACCUGGUCAAGUAGAAACUCACGAAGAAGCUGAGUUUCAGUUAUAAUAGUAAAACAGAUGGAACACGUCCACAUAGUAUUAUCAACUUGUUCCUGUGUACAAAGAUGUGUGACAAAUUCUUUAUAUUUAUAUGUCUAUAAAGAUAUGAACAAGUAGGCAUAUUGGCGCAUGUUUUUUAAACGGAUACGUAUGUUGUAUGAAGAACUGAUCUAUACAUAUAUAUGAAUGGAUAUGCAAAACAGUUGAGAUGUAUGAUACUAUGUGCUUGGUCAAGAUUCUUUUAAACGUGAUUUGUGUGAUUGAUGCGUGUGUUGAAUUGGCUUCUAAACAUAUUUACAGACAACUGUUAUAACACGCAUUACAGCUUACUUUGCACUUCGCUUGCACAAUUUUGGUUAUAAUUUAAACAAAAUAAACGUUGUUACAUACAUUUUUGGGCGUCAAUAGUGCUAACAAUUAAAUUUUUGCGAGCUGCAGUUUUCUUAUGAUAUUUUUAAAGCAGUUUGGGGCUAGAGCUGUAUAGUGAAACUUAUCAGGUUUGUUUACGUUUCCAAAAAUUUUAAUUUAACGACAAUUCCAAAUAUUCUGACAUCACUAAGGUUUUUCCGUAAGAAUUUAAUUUAGCUGAGACUUCGCACCCUACUUGCUACCUACAAUACAAAAUAGUGUUUUACAAUAUUCACCAUAGUAGUAUUAGCGUUUAUUUAUGUUUCCAAACGUGCGAAUUACAUUUUUGCAAUCCAAGCAGAGAGUUAACAUUUUCAGUGACAAGUCACGGAUCAGGCAUAAUAGUUAUUAAAUGAUGUACGUGUUAGAUAAUCUUAUACACUUCAAAAAUUUCACGGCUAUGUUGUGUUCUGUUGCCAAUUGUUUUGGAUGUGUUUUUUCUAUGGUUUUUAGUCGAAACAGUGUCUGAUUUGUUUCUUUUAAACCCAAAAUUCCCCAAAACCCUAAAAACUUUAUUCUUCUCAAUUAACUAAGGUAACUUAAAAAUGUCUAUUGUAUGAUAGCAGUCUCGUCCCUAUACCCUUUUAGCUGUGCAGAUACUAAUUUGCUUUUUGUUAAAUACGUGAGAGGUUUAGGAACGAGCCUGGCACAGUCAAAAUAAUUUAUAUUUUAUGUAUAGAAUGUGUAAAAAAUGUCACUUUGUAAAUAGUGGUAAUUUAUUUUUUCAAGAUUUGAUUAUUUCGAUAUAAAACAGAAACGUGAUGAAAAAAUUUUUGUUGUUGUGUUUU